AAAAAGGUCUCUGGUCAGAAUGGAUGACAUGUCAUUCGGAUCGUAAAUUGAUGCAAAAUAUUUGUAGUUUUGCGUUGGUUGACUGUGUUUUUGUUAAAUAUGUUCAAAUAAGUAUAUUAAUGUAGGCUUACUUGAUUUACACAAUUUUACCUACCAUUUAUUAUUAAUUUUAUAACAAAACUGUUAUUGUAUAUUUGGAGUCAUGGAUCUCGAAGAUAAUGCAAUGGGUUUAACCCACGAACAAACAGACAAAAUACUACAGUUCCAGGAUUUAACGGGUAUAGAAGACAUGUCUAUAUGCAGAGACGUGUUACAGAGACAUCAAUGGGAUUUGGAGGUGGCUAUACAAGAACAGUUAAAUAUCAGGGAAGGUCGACCGUCUGUAUUCGCGACUGAGGCUCGGGCGCCCCCUGUAGUUCAUGACCACAUAGCACAGCAAGUGUUUACAGACGAUGCCCCAGAAGGGCCAGGGGGCGUGAGAGGAUUGUUUCGAUAUGUCGUCAAUUUAGUAGUAUCUAUGUGCUACAGUACUAUAACAUCGAUUUUAAAUUUACUCCUGAGUUUUGUACGACAUGAUGAUAGAAGAUUGGUGACUGACCCUCUGGGCGAUGUGAUGGGAUUCAUCAACACAUACACAGCACGCUACAAUCCUCACCCUGUGUUCUACCAGGGCACAUAUGCUCAGGCCCUUAAUGAUGCCAAGAAUGAGCUGCGAUUCCUCAUUGUGUACUUACAUUCUGAUGCAGCAGCAGAGACACAGAACUUCUGCAGGACUACACUAGCUGACCCAGAAGUUAUACAGUAUAUAAACACCCACGCGCUUUUCUGGGGGUGUUCUAUAGACACCGCGGAGGGGUGGAGGGUAGCCCAGUCGGUUGGGGGAAGACGGUAUCCCCUGCUGUGCGUGGUCUGUGUACGAGAGCACCGCAUGACCGUGGUGGCACGCAGUGAGGGCUCCUGUUCUGCCUUGCAGCUGCUCCAGAGGCUGCGGAGAGUUGUCUCAGAUAAUGAGGCUCAUUUGGCUGCAGCUAGGGCAGCGAGAGUGGAGCGGGAAGUGACGGCCAGGCUUCGCGCGGCGCAGGACGAGGCGUACGCGGAGUCCCUGGCCGCGGACCAGGAGAAGGAGCGCCGCCGCGCCGCCGACCGCGCCGCCAAGGAGGAGCGGGAGAACGAGGACCUGCGGCGGCGACAGCAGAUCGAGCGGCAAAAACAGGAGCUGGUGGAAGCGCGCGUGGCGAUGGCGUCCAAGCUGCCUCCGGAGCCGGCGCCGGGCGCGGGCACGGUGGCGCUGCUCAUCCGGCUGCCGGGCGGCGAGCGCCUCACUCGGCGGUUCACGCUGCUGCACACCACGCAGGAUUUAUACGACUUCGUGUUCAGUCACCCGCAGUCUCCCGAAGAAUUCGAGAUCACCACGAAUUUCCCGAAGCGAGUAGUGACUCGCGGGCCCAUCAACCUGAGUGAAGUGGGGCUCAAGGACCGCGACGUACUAUUUGUCAAUGACAUGAACGCAUAAACUUGCUUUCAAUAAUCUGUUGUUUUUAUUCAACAUAACGAGCAAACAAGUGACAUAUUAAAUUGAAUCAUUUAUGCACGAAAAUAGUCUUUUUAGGUACAUAAAAGAUAUAAAUUAUGGCAUCUUGUUUCUCCGCUUCAACUCGCUCUUUUGACUUCAAGCUGAUCUAUUUCUAACACAAAUUAAUGAGUUGAAGAUAUCAACGAUGAAACAAAGAUCGGAUCAGCUAACAAUGGGGCUGUAUUUUUUAUAAUAUGUUCAGUUCAUGAAACAUAAAGUAUAUUUAGAGAAGGGAAAGGUUGUAGAAAUAGAUGGAAUAAUGUUAAAGUGCUCAUUACAAAUGUUUAUGUGUAAAUUUUUAGUCAAGUUUGAUUGAAACGCUCCCAUUAUUUCAUGCCACUGCCGACUUCGCAUUUAUGAGUACCAGGGUAGAGUAUUCAGGUAAUAAUUAAACAAUUCACAUGUAGUAGUACUGUCUAUAAGUAUGAAAGUUCAGUAGUAAGCAAUAUGGCAAGUAUGACAUGGCCAAACUUGCUGAUUCAUUGGAAUAAUGUAAAAAUUAACUUAGUUUAGAUAAUGCCGUUUACCUUGUCGUGGUAAACCAAACACGAUGUGAUUUUCAGCUAUUUUCAUUACCACGCACGAAAAUUUUAAGUAUUUUAUUUUGGAGAACUCUACAUUCAAAUAUAUGAUGGUACAAAAUCUGAAUUGCUAUACACCAGUUUUUCAAUAUUCAAAACACUAAUUUCUCAUAUAAUUUGAAUGGUGUCAAUAUAGGUAUAUAGGUGUCAAUUUUGUUGCAUUAAUUUUGGAGUACAUUUUCGAAAUAACGUUUGUAAAACUAUGUGAGAGACGGAUGUUGAGCAAAUUAACCUAUAUGAAUAUCUGUAUAAAUAAUUAAAUUCAUAUGUUGAUCAUAUGAUAUCCUUAUGAUACUGAGAAAUAUCCCAUUUUGUUAUGUUAAGAGCUAUGGUAAUGGCUUUUCUUUCUCUCAUUUUCUUAUUGUGUAAAAAAGGUAGUUACAUAAAAAACCAAUUAUAUUUUAGAGUGAACCGCACCUUAAGUUAUCCUGCAUAAAACUAUGCACCGGCCAAUUUUGGAAAAGGGUGCUACUUUCGUACUUAAAGCUACCUAAAUAAAUAUAAAGGAGUUAUGGAAUUAGUAUGUCAUUCUUCAGUUAUUUUUUAAAUUUUUCUUCCGACCACAAAUGAUUGCUCCUUUCUUUGCAUAAUUUGUUUAUACGAAAUUCCUGCUCAUGACUUUAUUAUGCAUUUAUUUUAUUGCCUAAUAAUAUGUAUUUUCUCGUUCACAUAUAUUUGCAAAUAACUCGCAAUCAAUAUUAUAUUGUAAAUUUUUCUUGUAUAGAUAUGUAUAUGUAAUUAUGCAUAAUCCAAAUUUGCCUAUCUAAAUCAUAUGUGUAAAACUCGGUGUACAUUGUGAACUUUGUAUAUAGUGCUAAUUGUACUAGUGAUAGUGGUAUAAAAUUUUGUCAUUUCCCUAACAUAAUCUAAAGUGUUACGUUUUUAAAUGCCCAGAAUUAUAUUUUUUGUAUAAGGAGUGGCGUGUCGCCUAUCAUUUUAAAAUUAUCUUAUUUUAACAGCUCUGAAAUUGCGUUUUAUUUUGAAGAUAAACCUAUGAAAAGGGCCGUGAUGUAUAUUAGUAAUUAAUUUCGUAAUAAGAUAUUAUUUGCGCAAACAAAGACAAAAUUCUAUGCUUUCCCUAUAUAUCGUAAGUUGUGAUCAAUAUUUGUAAGUUAGCAAAACCCAAAUUCAUAAAAAACUUAAAACUCACUUUAAGCUAAUAUAUGUUUUGUCUCUUUCUGUUAAUGUCAAAUAUUAUGAAGUGCGAUAGUGACAAAACAUGUUGUUUUAUUUUUUUUAUGAAUAACUGGGAAAGUAAUGUUAUUUGUUUAGUUCACUGUAGGUGCAGAUGGUUUGAAAAUAAUGUGCGUUUUCUUAUUAUUAAUUUUAUGCAUUUUAAAUUAGUUUUUGCUUGAGUCUGUUGAAGCUUUUUUUCGUUGUGAUUAUUUAAAUUACUCUUGACGAGUAUAGAGCAAAUGUAUCGAAAAAAUACGAUUGAUUGUAUAAAAAAGUAUUACAAAAUUAUUAUUAUAAUCUACAUCUCAAAACCAAAGAUGCAAAUUAUAAUUUUCUGUGUUAGCUUCCACACCCACUUUCCCUUGCAAUCUAUUCGAAAUUCCUAAUACGUAAAUAGAAUUUUAUUUCGCUGCCAAUCUAGACUAAGCAAUAAUAAUUCACGCCGACCAUCGCUACUUACAAUCCGGUCGUAUUUUUUUAAAUAGUCUGUAGUGAAAUGGGUAUUUUGUUUGAGUAUUUGAUUCGCAGACGAACUGUACAUUAUAUUUUUUUGUUUUGUUGUAAAAUAAUAAUGUUCCUUCCUUA